UUACUUUUCUGCAUGGGACUUUCUCAAAUUAUUCCUUUAUUUCGAAAGGAUAAUUUGUCAUAUGUAGUUUAGAGAAUGUUGUGGGGUUUUUUUUUUCUUCGUCCACAUGUGAUUUUCUCACGCGAUUCAUUCAUUUUCAUGUCUUAACUGUGCACAUGUAGGGCACGUGAUCGGGAUUUUAGGUUGUUAUAAUAUUUUUGCAUGGUGAUAAAUGCCAUUUUUUCACACGUAUGGCAUGUUGUUUUGUUUUUGCGAUGUUCUCACGUGAUUUAUUUAUUUCCCAUGUUCCUUUUUCACCUAUUCUUCAGUUUGUGUUGCGUUCACGUGGGGCAUAGUGAAAGGCACCGUCACGCGCGCGGACUCUGACCAAAGAUCGUGCCCGACGUCACGCGCUGCAUAAAUAGAGCCUGCGUGUGCGCUCGAGACUCGUUUACAGACUGGAACCGAGCAGCACAUCUAGACAGAUUUCUACUGACCUUCCCGAGCAGAAGCUCGCGCAUCAGCAAACCGCUGCACCUGCCCAGCUGUGAUGUUACAGUAGCAGCUGUACGAUACACUGUACAAACAGCUGUAUUUAUUUAUUUAUUUAUUUAUUUGCACGCGGAGCAAUGGAGUCUUUCCCCAGAGUCAGUGAAGGAACCCUGGUUUUAAACCUUUCGGGUCUGCAGCUGGCCGACUUGAACCUGGAGCACAUCACGGAGCCGCAACGCAAACAGAUCCAAGAGUUUCAGCUGACAUACAACAGCCUCGCGUUUUUCCCCACAUCCCUUUGCAUGUUUUCCAACCUGGAAUACCUGGACAUGAGCAACAACGCGCUCAGUGUUUUCCCCGAGGAUAUUCUGCAACUCACUCAACUAAAGACGCUGGUCGCGAAAAACAACCAACUGGACGAGGAUUCGUUUCCGAAGAGGUUCGGUUCGAUGCCCAUCGAGACGCUGAACUUCAGCGGGAAUCGAUUCCGAGAAAUACCGAAACAGUUCCUGGAACUAAGCCGACUGCAGUCUCUGUCCAUGGGAGGAAACAGAUUAAAAAGCAUCCCAGCAGAAAUAGACAACCUCACCAGGCUAGAGAUGUUGUAUCUGGGAGGGAAUCUGAUCUCUUUCAUUCCUCCUGAACUGGCUAACCUGCGCUGCCUCAGGUACCUGGUGCUGUGUGACAACUGCAUCCAGAGCAUUCCACCUCAGCUAAAAAGGCUGCACUCCUUGCUGUCUCUCAGUCUCCAUAAUAACCUCCUGACAUUUCUACCACGUGAGAUCCUCAGUCUCGUGCACCUACAGGAGCUCAGUCUCCGCGGUAACCCUCUUGUAGUGCGCUUCGUCAAGGACAUGACCAAUGACCCCCCUUCCUUGCUUGAGUUGGCAGGACGGACCAUUAAAUCCCGGAACCUUCCGUACGUUGUGAGUGACCUCCCAGCCAACCUGUGCCGCUACCUGGACUCGGCCAGCAAGUGUCCCAACCCCAAAUGUGAGGGUGUAUACUUUGACUCACGAGUGCGCCACAUCAAGUUUGUGGACUUCUGUGGAAAGUUCCGCCUGCCCCUCAUGCAGUACCUCUGCUCUCCUGAUUGUAGCUCUCCCUGCAGCUCCAACCCACAGAGCGACGCCGAGUCAGAGGACGAGAGUAGAGUACCGGCAGACAGGAUGCAGAGGGUGCUGCUGGGAUAGCACAGUCUUAAAGAAUAUUUUUUAUAAGGGGACA